ACCAACAUAGCAGAACUAUGUUAUGUUAAGGGUCUCCGGAGCAUCUGUUUCGGUCCCCGAGACCUUUUUACGUGUCAUAAAUUGUGAUGGACGACUGUUAUGUCAAGCUGCCACGUGGAGGAGCUGCGAUCGCAAAAAAAAAAAAAGAAUGAAAGUUAAAGUUUUUCUUUCCCUUGUUUAGUUUUGUUUUCUUUUUGCCGAAAAAGAACGUUUGCACCGGCGGCGCGCCGAAAUUUUCUUCGGUUUGAAAUAGUGUUUCUUCUGUGUUUGUGUCGGUGUUUUGUUCUCCGUCGUAAUUAUUCUUAUAUGGAUGUGCGAAUAAAAAAUGCUUUCGACUAAAAGUUGUUCAAAAAAGCUGGAAUUACUUUGAAACAGGAAAUGAAGCUGAGUUAAGAAGAAUCAAUCAUGUACCCACAGUUUUGUCUUGGGAUUAAUUGUUCAGAAAUCUCAUAGCAAAUUAUGCAUUAGCACAAAUAUAUAUUUUACUAAUCUUGCAUAAUUCCUCCAAAACUGAAUCAUAGGUUUUUCAAACCGUUUUGAAGAAUGCUGAGGCAAAAAAUAUCUAUGAAAACAUUUAGAUACAGAACGUUUUUCUUUAGAGCGAAACCAAUACUUCAUAAAGAACAAAGGAUAUGCAAUGAAGUCCAGCAAGAAGAAUCUUGAUGUUCCUGCAUUAGCAAAUUAUAUUUGCAUUCAAGUAUUGAAUUAUCAUAAUUCAAUAAAUGUCUUAUGAAGAAUUGAGCUUAAAGUGUUAAAACAUUCAAAGAGCUGUUCAAGCUUGUAAUGACUUUGAAUUAUUGGAAUGACUGAAGCAUUACAAUCCCUCAAUUAUGCGUUAUGAAAUGCGGUAAUGUUAAGAACUCGUCUUCAAUUAAGUAAAGCUAUUGUGGGUAUCACUGUUAUCUAGAUCAUGCCACAGUUUAAGCUAAAUGUUUGCAACUUAGUUCCUCACCGUAAAUAUUAUAGAUCUGAAGCAAAAUUAGUGCCUCUUUGGAGUAAAAAUCCAACUCUAUGAGUCGGGUUUAGGGACUCUAUGAGUAGAGCGCGGGACCUUUUGUGGAAUCUUUGACAAGAAUGUUCAGAGCUGGACCUAAAGUUUCUGCACACGACAAACUAGAGAAGCAGCAACAGCAGCAGAAACAGAAGAAGAGAUUGUCUUUCAGGGAGCCGGAAAUUGUGGGACCUCAAAGACAAGGGGAUUACAGAUCAAAAGUUUCACUCUCUGCAGUUCCGACUAAAGCUCUUGAAUCUAGAAGGGGUAGUUCCAGUGUUGAAGAUCUGACAUUGGAGGAUCAAGCUCUUAACAUAGUUCACAGCGUUGGCAACGCAUUUUUGGAUCUACCAAUGAAAGUGAACGAUCGUUGCGAAUAUUCCGACCAAGUACCUUAUAAUAACAAUUCUGAAAUCCCGUUUCAAGGUACAACGAAUACAAGUUGUUCAUCUCUUGAGUACACUUCCUAUCAACGAAAGUGCCAGCAGCGAAGUUUUAAAAUCAGUGCAGGAGACGAAAAAUACUUGGACUCAGCGGGUUCUCCUCCUGAAGGUGCUACAAUGCGCUGCCCAAUUAUUGAAUCAAGGGAAGGGAACCAAAAUUGCAAUCUGUCAGAUCCUCAAGAGGAUACGUAUCCGAGAGGCUCACAGCAUCAGAUUCAGCUCCUCAAGUAUCAACUGGACCAACAGAAUCAACAGACACAAAUGGCGCUGUUUCAGGUGCAGCUCCUCACAGACCAAAUGGAAGCAGAGAGCAAUGCCAGGCGAAAAGCCCAGGACCAAAAUAAUCAGCUCAUGAUGCAAAACAGAGACCUACUCGAACACAUUGAAAAACUUUUCCUGCAAAUUGAGGAUUUAGAAAGAAAAGUGCAUGUUCUUGAGCAAGAGAAGAAUACAUCGGGGGUAUCACAAGAUUCACAAGUGAUUCACAAACCACUGCCUUCAUAUGCUGGAUUUCGGAGAUUGAGCUCUGACCAAAUUGCACCAGAAAAAUCAGCCAACACUAAUCGCAGCCAAAUCUCAACUAAAAAGAGCACUUUAUCGACAGCGAAAUCAACAACACCUGUAAGCAAACCUGCCAGUCAUCAAAAUCUACCAAGCAGCAGGAGAAGCUCUCUAACCCAACCAAGGCAAUAUUCAACCCAAACCAAGACAUCUGAUGCCACAGCAUCUUCGAAACAAUAUCCAUCUCAGAGCAAAUCAGCCGACGCUAGCAAUAAAAGCAAAGAUUUUCUGCGAAUCGGUGACACUAGUCCACCUGUUCAGAGUGGAACAAUGACGCCCUUCGGAUCUGGGUGGAAGUUGAAUGCACCAACUCCACCAGAUAAAACUGUAGGAAUGCCUCCAAGAAGUAGGACUGGUAGCUUCAGUUCAUAUAGUAAGCUAAAAGCACCAGAGAGCCCUCCGACAAAGAACACAUUGUUCAGCAACAGCAACAAUUUUUCCAAUGCUUCAAGUAAAAAAUAUUCAUCUAGUACCUCUGACUUGUAUAGCAAUCAGAGCUCAUAUCAAAUGACUAAACCGUUAGUAAUAGAUGAACCCUUAACAAGCACAAAAAGUUCCAUUAGCAAUUUGAACUUGACUCCACCUAGUAAACUUCCGAGGUAUCAGGCCUUCUCGUCAUUUCAGAGGAAGGCUUCUUUGAGUGAUUCCGAACAAUUUUCUCCUGCAGAGAAAGAUAAGUUUAAAAGCAAAACAGAGACAUCCCUGUUUAACAGAUGAAGCCAGAUGUUGAGACACAGUGAUUUUCAUCGCAAAGAUAUAACUUAAUUGCUUGAGGGACUGCAUAACUCUCAAGGAACAGCUAGUCGUUAUCGAUUUCGGCAGGAAUAAGUACCAUGAAGAGCUUUCAGAUUGAGAAAUCUAAAUGAAUGUAUUCCUAAAAGAAACUGCCAUGGUCUUUUCUUAUUGUAUGUGUUUGCAGGGAAGUUGAAAAGCAGACAUUAUAUUCAUUAGUCAAGAAAAUGUACAAAAGUGUAUGUAUUUAAUAAAUAUGUUGAAUUAAAGAA